CGAGGUCGUUGCUAGGCUACGGCCCGCUUGCAUAGUUACCGAGGGUGCAUCUUCCAGCGCCAGCAGCACCGCUCAGUGAUCGCCGUCCUGCAGCACCGGAGACAUGAAGCGCAAAUGUAUCUGCGAGAUCUGCACCUGCGGGCGUCACCGUUGCCCACAUAUGCCUACCAAAAUAUUUGAGAAAUCUUGGAAACCUUGUUCUCUGACUGAAUAUGUGGAGAAAUACCCUCAGUAUGAUAACAUACAACCACCACAAAGCAUGAAACCAAAGCAUGAGUACCAGGGGAACCGUGGAAAGAUGGAAGGAGUAACAACAUUUAAGUCAGAUUAUGUCCCGUAUGAGGUAACAAAUGUCCCUGUGCGCCCCCACCAAGAGUAUCAGCCGAAGCCCGGUCACAUUGACCUUGGAACAACCUAUAAUCAGGAUUUUAACCCUUACAAAAUAGAACUGGUGGCACCAGCACGACCAGUGGAUAACAGACAAAAGAAUGUGGGAAAGUUUGACACAAAUCCUACAUAUAAAGAUGACUAUAGACCAUGGGACAUCAAUAAAAGGGAACUUGCUAAACAGGACCAUAAUUACCAACCUCCAACUGUGAAAUUUGGAAACGCAACUACAUUCCAGGAUGAUUUUUUCCCAAAAGAGAUAAUGCCAAGAGAGAGUUUCAAGCCCCCUGGUGUAGCGAAGCGCAAUGGGGUCCCUUUUGAUGGCACAACAAGCCACCGCAUUUCUUAUGUCCCGUAUGAUUUAGAACCAAGGUUUGAAAGACAGAAACAAGAAUAUAAGCCUAGCAGCCAACCAUUCGAUGGUAUCACCACCCACUAUCUCAAUUUUAAAGGUGCACUCGGCGAGAAAACAAAAAGCUUCAAACCUGAACAUGGUAAAGUUGGAAGCGAUGCUCGUUUUGAAGGCAGCACUGAGUUCCGUGAUAGCUUUCAGCCAUGGGAAGUUUCUCCACAUCAUGUCCAGAAAUCUGAAGAGUAUAAUCCACCUACUACUCACAUGGAGGUAGACACCACAACUCAUCUGGAUUAUGUACCACACCAGCUGAAUUAUGUUGCCCCAAUUCGCCCCGUGUCCCAUGGAAGAAGAAGCAAUGUGCCCUUCAAAGGAAAUUCUACAAUGAAAGAAGAUUUUCGAGCCUGGGAAGGUAGGCGCCAAGAAAUGAUUAAGCAGGAUCACCAGAUUCCAAAGCCUACUGGAAAAUUUGAUGGAUUGACUACAUUCAAAUCCCACUAUCUUCCUUAUGAGAUGCAUCCAACUCAGAGCUAUAAGCCUUCAAACAUCGCACUACGCAAUUCUGUCCCGUUUGAAAGCGGCACACUCUACCGCUCAGAUUUUACACCCAAGAAGAAUGAAAUCUGUCCUGCAAAUUAUCUAUCUCCUCCUGGCUAUGUCUUUGAGAGUGUCGAUAGCCGAGGCCACAAAAUGUUUCAGAAGAUUCCUACUCCGGAAAUGAAUCUGUUUUCCAACACCAACGAAAACAACCUGGCGAAGGCAAUUGCUGUGAUAUCAUAAUUCAUGUUACACGAAAAAUAAUGUAAGCAUGCUUAAACAUAUUAUGUUGUACUUGUAUUUCUUUCCUCUUUUGAAACAUACAGUUCAUAUAAUCAUUCCUAACCCACACACUGUAAAAUUAUAUAGUAUUAAAAUGAUUAUAUUUUCUUAAACUUUAACACAGAUGCUAACUGCACAAAUAUAUAUUAAGUAAAAAGAAAAAAAUGAAAAUAAUAAAAUAAAAAAACCACACCAGUUGUAAUAAUGCUAAUUACUAUUAGUGUAAGUGUUAAGGAAUUAAGUUCUCAUCUAAUUGGUAAUCAAGGGGGAGGCACUUCCUCUCUCUUACUAUACAGGUCACAUAGAAGAAAGAUACAGAAGUUAGCUUGGGUAACUCACUAGUAAAAUAAAUAUAAAGCAGAACUGUUAAAUAUUUGAUACUUAGGGAUAAUGGCCCUCAUUCCGAGUUGAUCGGUCGGUAUUUUUCAUCGCAUCGCAAUGAAAAUCCGCUUAGUACGCAUGAGCAAUAUUCGCACUGCGACUGCGCCAAGUAAUUUAACAAUGAAGAUAGUAUUUUUACUCACGGCUUUUUCAUCGCUCCGGCGAUCGUAAUGUGAUUGACAGGAAAUGGGUGUUACUGGGCGGAAACACAGCAUUUUAUGGGCGUGUGGAUGAAAACGCUACCGUUUCCGGAAAAAACGCAGGAGUGGCUGGAGAAACGGGGGAGUGUCUGAGCGAACGCUGGGUGUGUUUGUGACGUCAAACCAGGAACGACAAGCACUGAACUGAUCGCACAGGCAGAGUAAGGUUGAAGUUACUCAGAAACUGCAAAGUAGUUUGUAAUCGCAAUAUUGCGAAUACAUCGGUCGCAAUUUUAAGAAGCUAAGAUACACUCCCAGUAGGCGUAGGCUUAGCGUGUGUAACUCUGCUAAAUUCGCCUUGCGACCGAUCAACUCGGAAUGAGGGCCAAUGUUACUAUAGCAAUUGCUAAAAUUGUUAAAAUCACUAGAAAAAAAAUUGUAAAAGUGAAGAAAAUAAAAUGAUAAUGAUUGUGUGUA